UACGUAUGUAUGUGUGUGUGUGUGCGCGCAUAUGUGCGUGCCGGCGCGCGCGUGUGCGUGCGCAGGUCACGUGACUCGGAACAACUCCAGUCCCGGUGUAUAGAGAAGGCGCAGCCGAUGAAAAGAGCUCGAUGUCCCGCAGUGAUGCAGCCCAGACCCGCUGGUGACUCAGGGCCCAGCCGACCCUACGCGGGCUAAAGGCGUGUCCCUGCCGGCGGGCUUUGACUGCAGCUUCGGGCGAUGGGAUGUGUGUGUGUGUGUGCCUCUGGUCCCCGGUGACAUGUCUAUCGGAGCGCCGUGAGUCCGAGCGGAGAGAACAGACAAAGGAGCAGAGAGGAGCUUUCAGAAGCUGCGAUGGUCUGGGCCUAAAACCAGGACAAGAGUCCAGCAAGGAAGACAAACUCUCGAGUCGCAUCCAGAGCAUGCUAGGAAACUACGACGAAAUGAAGGAAACUAUCGGUGAGCCUCCCAUGUCAAAACUUCUGGCCAAGGGAUCAAACUCUUCGUCCGCAGAGGAGAAGAGUCUGUACGCUGAACAGCGGGGCGGAGUCAACCAGAAUCAGAGCAACAAAUGGACUCCUAUUGGUUCAAACUCCGGAACUUCUUCCUCCUCUUUAUCCAAAUCGCAGAGCCGCUCAGGUUCGUCCAAUCAGAGCAGCCACGGCACUAGCCAGCGCAGCGGUGCUAACAGCCAGCGACACGAGCGCGAAUUCAGUAGCAAAAAGUCCAGCAAACAUGAGCACAAGAGCUCCACGAACUCGAGCGGACACUCGCGCUCGCUAACGGCCGAGCAACACGGCAAGGAGCGAUUUCACUCCAAAUCACCCAGAGACCGCGAGGCCAACUGGGACUCGCCGUCCAGAGUGCACUCCUCUACGUCCUCCUCGUCCUCUGCGUCGUCCGCCUUUCCCAGUGGGCAGCACUCGGGUCAGGCUUUUCCUCCGUCACUCAUGUCCAAACCGAGCUCCAUGCUGCAGAAACCCACCGCUUACGUCAGGCCCAUGGACGGCCAGGAGACGGCCGAGCCCAAGACUUCCUCGUCCUCGUCCUCCUCUUCCUCCUCGGAGUCGUAUGGAGGCCAGUCACAUGGCAGCAACGUAGGGGAGAUGAAGGCCAAUGGCAAGGCGUCUCUCACCAAGCUCAAGAUUCCGGCUCCUGUAGAGGGAGCUCUGACGGGAGAUGUGAGCUGUGUGGAUGAGAUUUUAAAGGAAAUGACCCAGUCAUGGCCUCCUCCACUCACAGCCAUACACACACCCUGCAAGACUGAGCCUUCAAAGUUUCCAUUCCCAACAAAGGAUGGCCAGCACACAGGCUUUGGAGGACUCAAAAAAAGCAGCUCAGGAAAAGGCUCAUCUGCCGUGCAGCAGGCCAAGGCAUGUGACGGAGACCAGGCCAACAUGCUUCAAGAUGAUCUCAAACUCAGUAGCAGUGAAGACAGUGAUGCAGAUCAGGAGUCUGCUAAAAGAAACAUUUCAGCCAGUAAUAAUAACAGUGAAGUAGCAGAGAGAGAGGACUCCAGUAGCCACAGUGGCUCAGAAACCAGCUCUGAAUCUGAAAGUGAGAGUGAAAGCAGCUCUACAGACAGCGAAGCUAAUGAGCCACCUCGUGCUGCCUCACCUGAGCGAGAACAGCCCCCGGCUAAUAAGUGGCAGCUGGACAACUGGCUUUCCAAGAUGGAGGACAGAGAGAGCAGCGCAGCUCGGGGUUACAGCGGCAGCCAGGGGCCCAAAGACGCCGCUCCUGCACCGGGCCGGGACCAGAGGGCCACUCAGAAGGGCUCUGAGAGCAGCCGGGGAAAGCAAAAGUCUCCGGCUCAGAGCGCCGAGGGGCCGAGUGCCAGCCAGAGACGCUUGUUAGGUAAAAAGCAGCCCAAAAAGUCAGAGAAGCCGCCUGUGGUGGAGGAGCCGAAAGGCAGCCUGAAGGUUGAGAGCGAGUCUCGGGCAGAGACGCCUCAGCACCGCGCCCGAGCGCCCAACAAGGGUCCACGCAAACCCGCUGCGAAGAAAGAACCCAAGAAAGAAGUGCGAGCUCCUCCGGAAAAACGCAAAUCCAAGCCUCAGGGCAAACAGAAGUCACGCGAGUUUGUAGAAACCGAGCCGUCAUCAUCUUCGGACUCAGACGAGGAAGAGGAGGAGAGCGCGCCGUCUUCCUCACACACUCCAAAGUACGCCCCCCAUGUUUUCUCUCCCAUGGAGGAGAAAGACCUUCUCUCACCGCUUAGCGAGUCUGACGAGAAACUCAUGGCUCCCAGGCAGCUGCUCGUCUCGAUCCAGCUGAGUCUGCUGAGCCGAGUGCCAGGCCGCGUUUAUAAAGACACCGAGGUGAAGGUGGAGAGAGACUCGGCCAGCGAAGGGAAGGAGUUCCAGAAGCAGCCGGGGGAAAGUAAAGCCAGUAAAGGCAAGAGGAAACAUAAGAACGAUGAUAACCUCAAACCAGACAACAAGAAGUCCAGGAUGGAAGAGAAGUCCUCGCACCAUAAACCCAAUAAAGAGUUGUCGAAGCGUGUGAUGGAUAAGGAUAAAGAUCCCGUCCCGUCUCCCUCCCUGACUCUCCAGCGCACUCCCAAGUCAGAGCACCAGGGGCGCAAACGCACGGCCAGUCAGUCGUCCAGCUCACUGCCCAUCAGCUCCACCAACACCUCCACCGCCAACUCCUCCACCACCACCACCACCACCACUACCACCACUAACACCACUAAUACCAGCAGCAGCAACAAGGACGUCCCUAAGAGCAACUCCAGCUCAAAACACCGCAAGGGCGAGGACAAACAAAACCGCAGUAGAGACACCAAGGAUAAAAGCAGUAAAGUGGAGAAUCAGCUGGCUGUGCCUCCUCUCUCCUCAGACAGUUCCAAGAGAUCCAAGCUGCACUUUGAGGAUCGGGCUCAUUCAGCUGAUCAUUACCUCCAAGAAGCUAAGAAGCUGAAGCACAAUGCCGAUGCUCUGAUGGACAGAUUCGAGAAAGCGGUGUAUUACCUGGACGCCGUGGUCUCCUUCAUUGAGUGUGGGAAUGCGUUGGAGAAAAGUGCACAGGAAGCCAAGUCCCCUUUCCCCAUGUAUGCUGAAACUGUGGAACUCAUUAAGUACACUAUGAAGUUAAAGAGCUAUAUGGCACCAGACGCUACCUCAGCAGACAAAAGGCUGGCGGUGUUGUGUUUGAGAUGUCAGUCUCUCCUCUACCUGAGGCUGUUUAAACUGAGGAAGGAAAGUGCACUGAAAUACUCCAAGACACUCACUGAGCAUCUGAAGAAUUCGUUGAGUAAUACUCAGGCGGCGUCUCCUGGGAUUGGAAAUAAAGCGGUCGGAAUGCCGUCUCCGGUCUCGCCCAAAGUGUCUCCAGGCAGUGCAGGAAGUUAUUCCUCCAGCAGCUCCUCGAGUCAGAGUGGCAGUUCCUCCGUCACCAUCCCUCAGCGCAUCCACCAGAUGGCUGCCAGCUACGUGCAGGUCACCUCCAACUUCCUGUACGCCACAGAGGUGUGGGAGCAGGCCGAGCAGCUGUCCCGCGAGCAGAGAGAGUUCUUCACUGAGCUGGAUAAAGCAAUGGGCCCGCUGAUCUUUAACACCAGCAGCAUGACUGAACUGGUCCACUACACACGGCAAGGUCUCCACUGGCUCCGGCUCGACGCCAAGCUCGUCUCAUAACACUCUCCCAGUCCUCCCCCUCGUUCCUUUCUCUCGUCCCCGUCUUGCCUUACUCGCAUUUAUUUAAUCUGCCUCAGACAUAUCUGUGACACUGUGUCCAUACUCAACACCAGCUUGCCAAAAAAGCAAACAAACUGAGCAAAGCACCAGUGAGCGCUGCUUGGAUAGCCCCGCCCCCUUUCUGCUCCCGGCGAGCGUCUCGUCAUGCUGGAAAACUAAACGAGAAAAGCCAUCUUUGUUUUUUUGUUUUGUUUUGUUUUUUUAUCUUGACAGCUGUGAACAACACUUUAUAUUCUCUCUCUCUUUCUUUUUUAUUUUUCCUUUUGUUUUGGAACCAGCGUAACCUCCCUUUAACCAAAGGUGCUUUAAAUACUAAGGGUUUGUUCUUCUCUC